UCACCUGAGGCGAAUGGACGGAAGCCGGAAUCUGACGUCAAACUCCCUCGGUCUCUGUCUCCUGCCUUCAGAGCUCAUACAAGAGAUUCUACUCCGGCUUGUCUUGCCGGAAAUCAUCCGUUUAAGAACUGUUUGUAAAACACUAACGUCGGUUAUCUCCGCCGAGGAUUUCCGACGUGAGUACAACUCCAGGUCCAGCUCCGACAGUUGGCUCUUCGUUUACAAGAAGAGAUCACCUCGUAAUUCCUUAUUGCACGGCUUCACGGACCGGUCAGACCGUUGGUUCAAAUUACAGGUAGCCGAGUUUUUGUUUCCAGCCGUUCCUCCGGGUGAGGAUCUUUACUUCCUGACCGCCUCCGGCAACUUCUUUCUCUUUGCGUCGAAUAACCGCCGGGAAGUGAUCGCCGUUAACCUGAAGAGCAACACCGUCAAGAGGAUCCCUCCAAGCCCAUUGGGUCCACGUGGGACGUCAUCGUGGCGACGAUCAGGACUGAAAUUAAUCGCCGGACCUCCCGGUUCCGACCGCUUCCAAUUUUUAUUUGCCGACUUAUACGAGAACCGCCCCACUCUGUUCGUGUAUGGCUCGGAAACGGACACGUGGCGGUCGAUGGAAGCCAUCGAGAGGGAAACCAAUCAGCCAGGUGUCACUGAGAAGGGGACAGUGUUUCUGAGUGUCGUCCAUCGGAGGACAGAGAGCGUUGUCAUCGCGCUUGGGCCCGAACGAGAGAAACCGAUGGUUCUACGGCCAAGAUUUGACGGGGGAGGCGUUGAGGAGAGGCUGGCAGUAGGAUUCGGUACGGCUGAUGCAAGCGAUCAGUUACACGUGUACGGUGAUGGUGACAUGGUGAUUAUUAGGUCGGAGUUGGUGCAUGGGCGUACAAGGAAGAUGAGGAUGUUUACGUGCAUAGAGCUUUGGCGGUUGAGCGUGGAUGGACGCGUGUGGGAGUUGGUCUCGAAGGUUCCAAGUGGAUUAGUGAAUAGGAUUAAGAAGGCUUACGGGGUAAUGACGGGUUGUUUGGAGGAGAGAGAUGGGAUAAUCAGGGUCGUUCUGGUGUCUAAUUGUGAGGGUUUGUGGGACCUGAUUUGGCUGACAUAUGACCUUAGGAUGGGAAAUUGGGCAUUGGUCCCAUUGCCUGAGUUCAGAAUGGAAGGCCUGAACAUGGCUGGGAUUGCUUUAUCAUCUGGUCUCUCACUCUUUUGAUUUUAUCAUGGAUCCUGAUCCAGCGGCUACAAGUCACCGAAGAGUAUGUUAUAGAUUGCCCAGUUUUGUCUUUUGUGCGUUGCAGCUUUUCAUUUUGGGUCUGAUUUGAUUUUGGUGUUAUCUGAGAAAGAUUGUUUUGUCCCUGUGGUAGUGUUUCAGCCUUGCAGGGAAGAGAAAGGGAAGCCAAACGAAACAAAUGCAGUCGUCUUUUCUUUCUCAAUCAAAAUUCGGGUGCAAUUGUAUUGCGCUGCGUGUUGUUGCAACGCAUUGAGAGUCGAGAUACCUGAAUUUCAAAUUGUGUUAUUGUACUACCUAAACUUAAAAAAAAAAAAAACUGUCAUGUUGGUUAAAAACCGUUAAAUUACAUUAAUCGACAAG